AUGGGCCAGAGCAACAGCAAACCCUCUCCUACCCCAGCCUUAGGAACUAACUUCUUCUCCACUUUUAAAUCCCGUAAUCGCCCCAAUUCUACUUCCUAUGAUAAUGGCUCAGCCUUCCGACCAAGCAUCUUCGCCACACUCUGGCAGCCAAAUGUCACCAACCCAAAUGACUUCAUCCCUCUCUUUAGUGACUGCAUCUCAACUGCAUCCUCCAGAGCCCAGGAGUACCUGGUCUUCAAAGACCCAGAAGAAAAGUUCCACCCUAGCCCUGAAGUGCUAACUCAGAUCUUCCUCAUGACCUAUAUCUCCCAGAGCAUCAACCUCAACAUAACAGACAGCUUCAACUGCACAGCCAUGACGCCAGAGCAACGUAUUCUUCUGGGGAGUGACUGGGUUUGGGCAGUGCUGGAGAAACCAACCAAAAACCCCCGUAUACAGAUUGCAGUUCAGGUAAUACACCACCCAGAGAGAGGGGACGCUGUGGAGGACUGUUAUCCCCCAGAAGCUUGCACGGAAGCAAUGCAGAUUGCACAGCUGGAGUCCAGCAACAAGACUAUGUGUGAGAGGAUGGUGGACUUCUGUGCUUCCAUUGGCAAAGACUGUUAUGCUCUUUUCUUGUUCUUUGGAAAGAAAAACGACAAGGGUAAUAUCUAUGGUGUCCUGAGCAACAACUUCCAUGCCGCCAUUGGGAAAUGCGACAAGAUUGACAGGGGUUUAAUCGAGAAUUUCUUUAAAGGAACAAGGUAUCUCUAUACUCCAACAGGGAUGCUGCAGGCAAUCGUCACCAAGAAGGAAGGAGAUCCUCUUACAUUACUGAUUAAGUUCAGCUGAACAAUUUUAACUGGAAACAUAAUAUAUGUAAUUCAGACAAACAAGAAUUAAUGAUUUUAUGUGACAGAGAAGAGUUAGUUAUCACUCU